AUGAGCCGCGAUGGCUUCCAGCCUCGCUCAGAGUUCCUGUGCGUGACUGAACUGCCAAAGCAGAUCCAGGUGGAUGAGCAGGUGCUGGAGUUUACUCCUGGCUCCACUGUGAUGGGUGACCUGCAUGUGUCUGAAGGUCAGCUCAUCGAUGCCGGUGUGUUCUAUACCCUGAGGAACGGCCUGCACACCAUCUUCAGUCAGUACAGCAUGUGUAUGCUGACAUUAGGCAGCAACACGACCGCCGUCAUCAGUGAGAAUGGACGGUUUGCUGUGGUGGACAGCCAUUCACGUAGUCGUGUUGGCUUGUUGCACCACAGCGGCAGCAGCGUGCUUCUGCAGUUUGCGUGUCUGGACGACCUGCACCACUACAUCCGACGGUUGGCUGACAGCCUGAUUUCAGGCCAGCAGCUCUUUGAGCUGUGUGGCAUUACUGGAUCUUUCCAUCAGGGCAGCUCCAGGUUCAGCAAUGGGGGGGUGCAGUGCAUGGCGAUAGCUGCUUUCAGCUUAGCCAGACACACGUUGAACAGUGUGUUCUCGUGGGGGAGGCAGGAACUUGAUGACGUCUUGGUCUUGGGUGAUGCUUUUUUCACCUGGGUGAUGGGCCGCCCUGGCUUCACCCCUUGGUCGUCUUAUCUGUCCGUGACUGAACUGCCAACGCAGAUCCAGGUGGAUGAGCAGGUGCUGGAGUUCACUCAUGGCACCACUGUGAUGGGUGACCUGCAUGUGUCUGAAGGUCACCUCAUCGAUGCCGGUGUCUUCUACACCCUGAGGGACGGCCUGCUCACCAUCUUCAGUCAGUACAGCAUGUGUCUCCUGACCAUGUGUGCCAACACGACCGCCAUCAUCAGUGAGAAUGGACGGUUUGCUGUGGUGGACAGCCAUUCACGUAGUCGUGUUGGCUUGUUGCACCACAGCGGCAGCAGCGUGCUUCUGCAGUUUGCGUGUCUUGACGACCUGCACCACUACAUCCGUCGGUUGGCCGACAGCCUCAGUUCAGGCCAGCAGCUCUUUGAGCUGUGUGGCAUUACUGUGGGUGGGGGUGCAGGUCCAGCGCCGUCUGGUGUUCCUCUGGAGAGUCACGUCGCUGAGACGAGUUCUGCUCCAGCACCAGAGUCCCCUGAGGACACUGAAAGCAGAACACCGGCUGAGGCUCCUGCAGGCUCUUGUGUGUCUGAGAUUGGUGUUGGUGUUGCUGCCAGUCCGGCGCUGUCUGGUGUUUCUGUGGAGAGUCACGUCACUGAGAUGAGUUCUGCUCCACCACCAGAGUCCCCUGAGGUCACUGAGUGCAGGACUGUGGUUCAGGCUCCUGUAGACACUGGUGUCUCUGAGAGUGGUGUUGGUGUUGUUGCCAGUCCAGCACUGUCUGGAGUUUCUCUUCAGACUCUUGCCAGUGAGGUGAGCAGUGGUUCAACUGCAGAAGCAGUCAUUACUGAGGGCAGGAAGCGUAAGAUUUCUUCUGACACUCGUUUGUCAAAGAGAUCAAAGCGCUGCAGUGCUGCUGAGCUUGAUGCUGAUGUGGAGUUUGUUGCUGCUGUGAGGAACGAGGAGCUGGUCUUCCGUCCUCUUGAUGCUGAUGUUUGUAGGGCUUUGUGUAGCAGGUUGUGUGUUGACUGUGAGCGGGUCAGUGCUUCUGCGUCCAGCCAGGUUGGUUUGCUGGGUGUUCCUUGCAGGAAGGAGAGGGUAGUGGCCGAUGGGAACUGCUUCUUCAGAGCCAUCUCUCAGGCUGUGAGUGGCUCUCAGAAGCACCAUCGUAAGAUCAGACUGGCUGUCUGUAAACAGCUGGAGAAAGAGGCAGCUCAGUACCAGGGCUUGUUGAGGACUGAGUUCUCCUCUGUCUCCCAGUACAUUCAGCAGUCUAGGAUGAGGUUCGUGGGGAGUUGGGCCACAGAAGUGGAAAUCCAGGUUACGGCUGACUGGUUAGGUGUUGGUGUGUGUACUUUCACCAAUGGACGCUGGUUGAAGUACAGUUGUAGCAGGAAGCAGUUGUCGGCUCAAUGUAUUCAUUUGGAAAAUAUUGGUGGGACUCAUUUUGAGAAUGUUGUCUGUGUUUGUGAGCUUGGAUUACAGAGCUGUUAUGGGUAUUGUAAGGUGAGUGAGGUGACCGGCUACAGCACCAGGUUGAGGAUGACAGAGGCUCCAGUUGUGGAUGCCGGUAGAUCGGUCGUUGAAUGUGAGGUUGAUGACGUAAUUUUUGUUAGUGGUGAGGCUGUAGAUUGUGUUCGUCAGAGUACACCUGGUGUGUGGCAGUUAAAGUCGAAGUAUCUGAAGGAUAAAAAAUGGAGACAGGAGAAAAUGAAUGUGUUGCUCAGGCAGAAACGUAGGGAAACUUUCAGGAAGGCAUAUCAUAAAAGUAAAAUCUUCAAGGACAAGGAAAUGUCUCGGAGUGUCAAAAAAUAUUCUUACAACAUUUUGCACAGGGAGAGAGUUAAAACAAUGAGUAUCCAUAAAUAUAGAGACGUUAUUGACCAUAGAGAGCGGGUGAAAGAGAGUAGUGUGACUAAAUAUAGGACAAACGUGCAACACAGGGAGAAGGUUAAGCAGAGUAGUGUGACUAAAUAUAGGAAAAACCUGCAGCAUAGGGAGAACACUAAAGCCAUGAGCAUCAGGAAAUACUGUGACAGUUCAGAACACAGGCAGCGAGUCAUUGAUACUGUGAGGCUCAGUCGGCAGCAGAAGCAGGUUUUGUCAAAGGAUUUUGGUUUUGUGAUGGAUCAGUUUGUGGAGAAGGUUAGAGAUGGUCCAGAUUUUGUGUGUUGCAUUUGCCAUCGGUUGUUGUUCAGGUAUCAGGUGCUGAGUUGUCAGAGGGAAGUCUAUAGUUCCAGGUCAGAAUCGGCUCGUGUCGCGGACAGGUGCAUCAGUGAGGAUUAUUUGCAUCAUUGUAGUGAGGAGUGUGCUGAGCCCUGUCAGCUGGUUCCUUCUAGAGGACACCUUUGGAUUUGCUACACCUGCCAUUCUAAGAUUAGUAAAGGUGAGACUCCAGCUGAGUGCUGGAUCAAUGACCUGCAGCUUGAUCCCAUUCCACCUGAACUGGGAUGCUUGCAUAGUUUAGAGCAGCACCUGAUCGCGUUGCAUAUUCCGUUCAUGAAGAUGUUGGCGCUGCCUAAAGGAGGGCAGAAUGGAGUACAUGGACCGGUCACCUGUGUUCCAGCCAACAUUGUUCAGACGACCAGCGUGUUGCCACGGUCGAGUAUGGAAGGCUCUCUGUUACAGGUCAAGCUUAAGAGGAAGUUGACCUACAAGGGACACUAUGAGUACCAGUUUGUGGAUACUCUACGUGUCCAGCAGGCGCUGGACUAUUUAAAGAGAACUAAUGUUUAUUAUAAAGACAUUGAGUUCAAUGAGGACUGGGUCAAUGAGUUUUGUAGGCAGGAAGAUGGGGAGCAGGAAGAGGCUGAAUCAGGCAGUGAGGAUGAGGCAGUGAAGGAGAAGGGUGAUGUUCAGGUUGUUGUAGAGGGCGAGGCGGUCCAUCAGGAAGGUGGUGAGGUUCAGAAAAGGCCUGCAGUUGUUGAUGUUGUUGAGGAGGAAUCAGCAGACAUAAUUCAAGAUGAAAUGUUACAUGACAGACAGCAACACUGCAUGUUUCAGGACACUUGUCUUAUGCCUGUUGAUAUUGGUCAGGAAGCUCUUGACCAGUAUUUUGAGGACAUAAUCAAUGUAGCGCCUGCAGAGGGGAACAGUCCAGUCCGGAUGCUUUCUGAUAAUUCAAAUGAAGCUAAGUGUUUCCCCGUGUUGUUUCCUUUAGGACAAAAGACCUUCCAUCAUGAACGGAGUUAUGCUUUGACGUUGUCGCGUUAUUUUAAUAACCGGAUCAUGCACGCCGAUGGCCGUUUUGCGCGUAGCGUAGAGUAUAUCUUCUUUGCCCAGUUCAUGUCGGAGAUGGACAGGGUGGUGUGUAGUGUCUCUGUAGCGCUGCGUAAGGGAAAGGGCGGUCAGGGCUCUCGACGGAUUAGCCAGAGGAUGUUGCAGGAUGAGGAGUCUCUGAAACAGUUGUUGGAGUUUGAUGAGGGUUUCCGGUUCUUGAGGCCUGUUAGAGGAACUCCUGCGUUCUGGCAGUCUGUUCAGAAGGACAUCAUGGCCUGUGUCCGUCAGUUAGGCAUCCCGACGUGGUUUUGUUCAUUUUCGUCUGCAGAUCUGCGCUGGCAGAACCUUCUGACCAGCAUUCUGAAACAGGAAGGCAGAGUGCAGACGGUGGAGGAUUUGGAGUGGGCAGACAGGUGUGAGUUGUUGCGGCGUAAUCCGGUGACUGCGGCCAGGAUGUUCGAUUACAGGUGGCAUUGUUUUCUGAAAGAGGUUCUCAUGUCUCCUUCUGAGCCAAUUGGCAGAAUCAUCGAUCACUUCUACCGCGUUGAGUUUCAGCAGCGCGGUUCUCCUCAUGUUCACUGCUUGUUCUGGAUCGAGGGUGCUCCUAAAAUUGACCAGAACACAGAUGAGGAGGUGGUCGAGUUUAUUGACAAGUAUGUAACAUGUGAGCUGCCCUCAGACGACGACGCAUUAUUGGACAUUGUGUCCUCGGUUCAAACACAUUCCAAACGACACUCAAAGUCUUGUAGGAAGAACAAGACGACAUGUCGUUUCCAUUUCCCAAAACCUGCUACUACGCGUACAUUCCUUUGUAAGAUGAAGGAAUGUCGCUGUGACAAACAGAAGCUGAAGGAGGCCCAGAAGAAUUCUGAUUCAGAGAACAAGCUGGUCUGUAAGUGCUUUGAGAAGGAUCACCCCAUGAAGAAGGAGGUCGCAAAGAAGAUUUUGAAGUCGGUCAAUGAUGCUAUCAGGGAGGAGGAGCCGUUUGAUAGUGUAGAGGAGUUGUUUGCCAGUCGACACAUCAACCAGGAUAUCUUUGAAAUGGCCUACAGGAGGUUAGAGAAGAAGACCAAGGUUGUUUAUAGGAGAGGCUUGAAGGAGGUGUGGGUGAACCAGUAUAGCAAGAAGUUGUUGAAGUGCUGGAACGCUAACAUGGACCUUAGCUUUGUCACCGACGCCUACGCCGUAAUCAUUUACAUCAUUUCGUACAUUACGAAAGCAGAGAGAGAAAUUGGCCUACUAUUGAGCAACGCCCAAAAAGAAGCAAACAAAGAAGGAAACCUCUCUGCUCGAGAAGCCCUGAAGAAGCUGGGCAGUGUAUAUUUACACAACAGGGACGUUUGUGCCCAGGAGGCGGUGUAUAGGCUAACCAACAUGCACCUGAAGGAGUGUUCCAGGAAGGUGGUGUUUGUUCCAACAGGAAACAACAUCGUGAGGAUGAGUUUACCCCUCCAUGUCCUGAAGGAGAGGGCGUCAUCACAUGAUCUGAGCUCAGAUGACAUGUGGAUGACCAGCAUAGUGGACAGGUACAGGAACAGGCCUGAUGGUGGUGUGUUUGACGACAUGUGUAUGGCCACGUUUGCCUCGGAGUAUCGUGUUCUCACCAAGAACGAAUAUUCUCCAAACAGAAUCCAGUUGAAGAACGAAUUGGGCUUCAUCUUGAGGAGAACACGAUCUCAGUUUGCAGUUGUCCGCUACAUGCGUUUCAACUUGGACAAACAACGGGAGGCUCAUUUUCAGGGUGUGCUUCAGUUGUUCCUUCCUUAUAGAAGUGACUCAGAGCUCAAGCCCGAGGGCUUCCAGCUCUUUGAACAGUUCUAUAACGACGGUGAGGUGACGUUUGGCGACGGCUCCGUCCAUAGAGUCAAGGUGGUGGUGGAUGAGAACAGGGCCCGGUUUGAGAUCGAUCCUGAGAAUCUGGAGCGUGCUGAGGAGAUUGCUCAGCAUGUCCAUGGCAGUGAGGAAGACGCUUGGGGGGACCUGUGUCCUGAACAGGAACUGGAACGUGACGAGUGUGCUGUGGAGUUUAGAGAGCAACAGGCAGCAGAGAUAGCGGGUGAGCAGAUGGUGGAGGGUCUGGAGAACGUUCCAGAUCUGCAGGAACGUGGCCGACAGGUGGCCCAGUUAGAGAGAAACAGGCUGGUGUUGUCUCGUGCUGAGGGCUUAGCUCUAGUUAGGUCUCUGAAUGAGACACAGCAGGCUGUUUUCUACCAGGUGAGGCAGUGGUGUCUGCAGAAGGUGAGGGGUGAAAACCCUCCGCCUCUGCAUGUGUUUGUGACGGGCGGGGCUGGUGUCGGGAAGAGUCAUUUAAUCAGGGCCAUCCAGUACGAGGCAGGGAGGCUGCUGUCAACACUUUGUGAUCAACCAGACGAAAUCUGUGUUUUGUUAACGGCUCCAACUGGAAUCGCUGCGUACAAUUUAAACGCAGCAACAAUUCACCACACAUUGAGCAUCGGCAAACAGUGUAGUUUACCUUACAUCCCUCUGGGUGAAGAUAAACUAAACUCUCUGCGCGCUAAAUUCCUUCACCUCCAAAUUCUAGUCAUUGAUGAGAUCAGUAUGGUGGAUCACCUUCUGUUGGCGUAUGUCCAUGGCCGCUUGAGGCAGAUCAAGCAGACUGGAGACUUUUCCCCGUUCGGUAAUGUUAGUGUGAUCGCUGUGGGAGACUUUUAUCAGUUGCCUCCUGUCAAAGGGAAGCCUCUGUAUAGCAGUCAGGUGGGUGUGGACCUGUGGUGCCACUUCAGUGUGGUGCAGCUGACCACGGUGGUGAGGCAGAAGGACAGCGUGUUUGCCGAGUUGCUCAACAGGUUGAGAGUGCGUUCCAGAGACACCCCCAUGUUAGAGAGUGACGUCCACAUCCUGAAGAGCUGUGAGACGGGCGAGGAGAGCUCAGCCUUGCACAUUUUCCCCACCAACCGUAAAGUGAAUGAGCACAACGUGAAGCAGCUGUGUAGGACGUGUCCCGAUCCUGUGACCUUUGAAGCUCAGGACUUCAUGAACAACAGGAGCACGGGGAAGCUGGAGUUGAUGGCGGGGCAUCACAGUGCGGCGUUGGACACAUCGUUAGAGGAGACUCUGAGUCUGGGUCCAGACGCCCGUGUGAUGCUGUGUAAGAACGUUGACGUGGAAGACGGUCUGGUCAAUGGAGCAUGUGGCACAGUCACUCAUAUCCAGUUGAGACAGGGUGACAGCUUUCCUCAGACAGUUUAUGUCAAAUUUGACGAUGAGAAAAUUGGCUCCCAGAGGAGGAAGAAGCGCUCACAUGCUGCAGUGGCCUGCCGGCUUUCGACUGCCAUCGAUCCGGUGGAGGAGAAGGCCACCAAGCGUGGAGGUUUGCGUCGUCAGUUCCCUCUGAAGUUGGCCUGGGCGUGUACCGUCCAUAAGGUGCAGGGCCUGACGGUGGACCGGGCCGUGGUGUGUUUGGAGAAGGUGUUUGCACCUGGCCAGGCCUACGUAGCUCUGAGUCGUGUGAGGGAUCUGUCUGGACUGAUCAUCAUGAACUUUAAAGAGAAGUCCAUUUACUGCAAGGACACCAUCAAGGAGGCCUUGGACAGGAUGCCUCCAUUUUUGAUUGAGCAGCCACGGCCUUCAUUAGACACGCCCACUCUGUCGGUGUAUCUAAUGAACGUUCAAAAUUUAAGUCGCCACCUGGUAGAUUUGGUGUCCUGCACACAGCAUUUGCAGCCUACCUGCAUUGCUGUCACAGAGACGUGGCUCACUGCACAUUCCUCAUUAGACGGCGUCCAGAUUGACGGCUACUCUUUCCACAGCCGCCCUCGUGCUCUGUGUUACAGCAGCAGUCAGCCCAAACUGUUAGAGCUGCAGGCUUUAGAACAUGGUGGAGUUGGUUUGUACAGGCCAGCAGAUUCGGACUGUGACAUCCUGCAGGCACCCGAUUUGGAUCUGGAGUGUUUGGUGUGCCUGUGGAACAAAUUCAACAUAGUGAUGGCAGUAAUUUAUCGUCCACCACGUUACCCAAAUUUCCUCUUCAAGCAGAACCUGCAGCGGUUGCUGCAUUGGCUUAAUCCAAUCAGUGACACCAUUGUAGUCAUGGGAGAUUUUAAUGAGAACAUUUUAACGGGGUCAUCAAUUUGCAAAUUAAUGGGAAACAAAGGAUUUGAUCAGCUGGUGACACAAGCGAGCACAGAGAAGGGGACUCUGAUUGAUCAUGUUUAUGUGAGAAGCAGACAGUUUGAUGUGGAAUGUGCAGUGAUGCCCACGUACUUCAGUGAUCAUGAAGGAAUUCUGUGUAGUUUCAGAGCUAGAGGUGACCAGGGGCAGCUGGAGGAGCUGGACAGGUGGUUUGAGGUGGAUGAUGUGGAGUUUGAGGAUGUUGAGGGGAUGUUUGAGGACGACUUGGACUGAUUGAGUCCAACUGAGCUACGUGGCAGUGGGCCGAAGCAAGUGUUGCUGUUUGUUGUUGUUGAUGAGCUGGUUGAUGGAGGGAACUGACUGUUAGUGCGGUGCUGCUGUUGAUCUGUUAGAGCACUUUGUCUGCCAGUCCAAAUCCUGCUUUAUGGUUGUUUU